CCACAGUUUCUAUAUAUUAAAGACCAAAAGGCUGAGCACUGAACUCUGCAAAAGUGAUCAAAGUGACGUGAAGAUGGUUAGGUACCUUAAAAACAUGGAAGAAUUGCAAUAUGCACUGCAACAAGCUGGUCCGAAACUUUUAGUUGUCAAGUUUUUUGCAUCAUGGUGUGGCAACUGUAGAAGGAUUGCCCCAGAAUUUGAAAAGCUAAGUGGUGAUUAUCCCAACAUUUUGUUGUGCCAGGUAGAUGUGGAUAAUGCAUCAAUACUGGCUCAACAGUUUCAAAUUCGCUCCGUGCCAACAUUCUUUUUCUACAAGGAUCAAAAUAAGAUUGAAGCGUUCAGUGGCGCUGACGUACCGAAACUAAGAGGAACAGUCGAUAGGUUAUGCUAAAUCACCAUUGUUUAUAGAACUACGUGUAGCCAAAUAUAAUGACUAUUUCUUUUUCUAUUAUUCUCAGGAAACAUUUGACUUCUUAUUUAAAAUAAAUUGGGCCCUAUGUGAUCUGUUGUACAGGUAAGGGAUUUGUUAUCCGGAAACCCAUUAUCCAGAAACCCAUAACCCUUUAUGGGAAGGCCAUCUGCUAUAGACUCCAUUUUAAUCAAAUUAUUUAGAUUUUUAGAAAUGAUUUUCUAUUUCUCUGUAAUAAUAAAACAGUACCCUGUACUUGAUCCCAACUAAGAUAUAAUUAAUCCUUAUUGGAUACAAAACAAUCCUAUUGGGUUUAAAUCAUUUUUAAUAGCACUUAAGGUAUAGGGAUCCAAAUUAUGGUAAGGUCCUGAGCAUUCUGAAUAACAGGUCCCAUACCUUUACUACUUUUUGUACCAUGGGUCAGCUUAUCAUGCUGUGUAAAAUACACAAAACAUCACUGUUUAAUUGGCAGGCAUCGACAUGUAAGAUAAAAUACACAUGGAUGCAAAUGUUUCAAAGAGAUCUGGGAGACUAAACUCUAGAGUGACUGUAUCACAUUGGAUUGGUGAAAAGGAAAAUUUACCAGAUACAGUGCAAUAUACAUAUGGGAUAAUUAGUAGGUUACAAACUUUGCCUAGUAAACCAACUGAUCACAUCUUUGCAAUAUGAAUAUCAAGGUUGAUGCAAGGGAGCAGUGGCAUAACUAGAUGUUACUGGGCACGACAGCAAAUUCAAUUUAGGGCACAAAAUAUUGUUAAGUUAACCAAUUCUCCCAAGAUAUAUUGAAGUUGCUCAUUAAUUAGGGCCUUAUUGGGCCCCCUACACUCCUGGGCCCUCUGUAGUUACGCCCCUGCAGAGGAGUUCCUGCCAUGAGGCAAGGUAAGAAACUGCUUAGGCAGCAACACCCCACAAGUUACCAGGUGCCCUUGCUAUUACCAGGUAUCUGGUAACUUUAAGAACAAAAUUUCCAGUUAUUAAAUGGACUUUGCACUAGGGAUGCACCCGAACCCCCUACUGGAAAGGUAAGCACAGGUGAGGGGGGGGGGACAUCACAAAAGCCACCUCAGGGUGGCAGAGGGGCAAGAGUUGCCUGGGAUGCACAAAUUUAAUAUGAUAGGAACAAUACUUCACAUACUGGGUCAGUUACUUAAUGUGAAGCCAGCAAAAUACUUGAGAGUUUACUGGAUCUUAAAGUCACACAACUACUUGAGAAACAACUAAGACACAAAUGCAGAUGGAGUAAUGCAAUUGCUAAUGUGACAACCCAUGUAAAGUCAUUCACAGUUUUAGCUUCUUUAUUUUCUCCCUACUGUAAUCUUUCCUUGUAACAUUACUAGCACAGAAAUCAGCAAUAUAUUGUUCUCUUUAGAUUGUGAUUAAACAAAUAUAGGUGCAAACUGU